UUUUCGCCGUCUGCCUCUACGAUUCCUGUUUCGCGCCACUGAGACGCUGAAUGUGAGAGCAGCGCGUGACAAACUCCGCGACGAAACCGCCGGCAAGCGAAAACACGCGAGGCUGAUUUUCGAUGCAGGACACCGCAAAAUUGUCGAACUGAAACGCACGAGACCUUGAGCGAUAGAUCACGACAGUAUACGGUUUCUGAGAGGGAGCACCGGAUGCUUUCGGUUGGAGUUAGAAGGUCACCGAACCCGCCUCAAGCCGCGCCGAACGAGGCACACUUUGUUUCGUGACGGCCCAGUAUCAUACACUUUAGUGCGUGCGCUUGGAGACCACUUAAGUUCAUGUUACAAGUGAACCUCGGCCUAAGGAGUACAAGUCUGCCGUAUUUCGGUAAGGGCGCCGUCAUGUCGGACCGAGUUGACAGCGGUCAGCCGCUGAACAUCCUCAACGUGGACGGUCGCAGCCUGGAGCUGGACGAGCACGGCCUGGCGCGCCUCCUACUGGACGAACGCGUGAAGGACAAGCCCGUGGUGGUGAUUGCGGUGGCCGGGGCCUUCCGCAAGGGCAAGUCCUUUCUGCUAUGUUUCUUGAUCCGCUACCUGAGAAGCGAGGGACGGGCGGAGUGGCUCGGCGACCCGAACGCUCCGCUGGAGGGCUUCGGUUGGCGAGGAGGCAGCGAGCGUCACACUACGGGCAUCCUGAUGUGGAACGAGGUUUUCCUGGUAAAGACAUCUCAGGGGAAUGAGCUGGCAGUGUUACUGAUGGACACCCAAGGGACCUUCGACUGCGAGUCAGCGAGUGUAGUACAUGCCUCUAUAUUUGCACUCAGUGCCAUGAUAAGCUCCGUGCUCGUUUACAACGUCUCCCAAAACAUCCAGCAAAACGACCUCCAGCAUCUGAAAGAUUUCAUCGAAUACGGCAUGAUGACGAUGUCUGAGCAGCAGCAGCAGCAGCAGCCCACAACGGCAGAGGUGGGUUCUACGCGGCCCUUCCAGAGCUUGAUGUUUCUGGUGCGCGACUGGCAAUUUGAGAUGCCGUACGGCUUGGCGGGUGGUCAACAACUCUUGGAAAAGCGCCUCAAGGGCCCACCAAAUCAAGACAGGGAACUGCGGCAGCUGCGGAGGAAACUAUCCAAGUGCUUCAGGAAGAUGCACUGCUUUCUCAUGCCUCACCCUGGCUUAACGGUGGCGCAGGAGGGGUUUGACGGCCGCCUCUCGGACAUUGGCGAGACAUUCAAGCUGCAUCUUUCUGAAUUUGUCCGGCUGUUAUUGGAGCCAGACAAUCUGCAGCCAAAAAAAAUCAACGGACGAGAAAUAACGUGCCUGGAGCUGUUGUCUUACAUCAAGGUUUACGUGGGCGCAACCAAGAGAGGCCUGCUUGACGAUCCGUCACAAAUGCUAGAGGCGACCCAUGCGGGAAGUUGCCGCGCAGCCAUGGACAAAUCUCUAGACUUCUACACAACCAGUAUGCUAUCACUGUGGCAGAACUCCCCUGACGACGACGCCGACCGCGAAACCAUGCGGCGUUACCACAAUGAACUUCGUAAAGUGGCAGUUGAGCAGUACUCGGCAGCACCAAAGAUGGGCGGAGAGUUGCCGGCACAGCUGUACUUGCACAAACUCAAAGAGAAAAUGGACGUUACUUUCGACGUUUACUGCGAGUAUCUGAAAGAAAAAAAGAAGACAUUCGUCAACGCCGCAGUCUUCAAGCACGUGGCAUUUAAAGUUGCCCACGGAUUCCUCACCACCGGUCUGGCGGCUGCUGCCAUCGCUUUGGCCGUGGUGGAGCUGCCCGUUGUGGCCAUCGCACUCGGAGCCUUUGGAGCAGCGUCCCUGUCCGGGCACUUAGUCCAAGUGAUUGUGGAAAUGGAGCUUGCCAAACGCAAGAGAAAGGAGAGGCAUGAGAACUCAAAGGCGGCUGCGGAAGCAGCCAAACGCAGGGGCUUUGGUGGCGCUGACAUCGAGGAAUUUGACGACGAGGUACCGCUGUUUGCUGCCGAAGACGACACUGGCAGCGUGCUGUCCUUGGAACUAGCCGAGUCCGCGGCGACAUCGCCUGAACCACCUGUUACAGUUACCGAUGGAGCGGAAACGACACGGGGUAACCGUUCAUCGACGGCUGCAGGAGCCUCAAACGGGAGAGAUGGCUCGGACGACUGCAUACCACUUCUUCAUGCCUCAGACGACACGGACAGCGUGCAGUCCGCGGAUUUCCCCGACUUUGAAAGAGUGUCACUCGGCCCAUCUGUUAUGGUUUGCGACGAUACGGCAGCGACCGAAGCGACAAACGCAAUGGCGUUUGCUCGGGCUAUUAAACAUUACAGUGACGGAAUGCAACAGGUGUGCGGCGAUUCAAUUCCCCGCCUCAGCGAGGAGGACCUGCAAAAAUACCACGACCUACUUCAAGUGUAUGCCCACGAGAUCUUAAUGAGAGGCUGCUCUUCCGCCGGCAAAAGAGUGCUACCACAUUUUGUUGAUAGGCUCACGAAUGAGAUCGAGGAGCAGUUGAAGAACUUCGUAAACCAGAACCGAGAAAAAACGACCGUGAUGACUUAGACUCAAUGCCGUUCCGCGACCAAUCUGGAGGGCUCAGCG